AUGGCUUGUAUAUUGUACGCAACAAAUGUUAUAGGUGUAUUGAAGCUGCUUAUUUGUCCUGACAAAGUUAAUCUAUUACUGUUCGUCAUAUUCGUUGAAUUAUUUGAACUUUCUCAACCAUCAAAAUGUAAAAAUGAUGAAUAUUUUGAUACUGUAUCAUUUUCCUGCGUGCAAUGUGAUGCUAACAAAAAUCUGCAGCUAUCCGCUGAUCGAUUACGAUGUAUAUGCAAUAGAUUUAGUAAAAAAAUUGGUUUCAAGGAUGGUUAUCCUGUAUGUAUACCUUGUGGUAAUAACGCAAUAGUAACGAUAGAUGGAAAUGACUGUGUGCCGUGUAAUGCAAUGUGUAAAUGUGCCACUAAUGAAGUACAAAACAGGAAUUCAAGUGGUACAUUAUUAGAUGCUAUGUACUGUCUGCCUUGCCCUGAUAAUACUUAUCUAUUUUUGGAUGGAUCUAAAUGUUUGCCAUGCAAAAAUCUUGAUUACAAUUAUCAUAAAAAUAAUGUAUAUUUAACAAACUACCAUUAUGCACAGAUACAAGAUCAUUGUUUACAUAAAAGUAUUUUUCUUAAUAAAGAAAAUCUAAAAACUGCAUUUCAAGUGAAGUUUGAAAAUCAAAACAUAGAUAGUUACUACUUCAGAAAUGAACUACAAAUUGCUACAUAUUUUUGUAAGAAAAAAGACAAAUUAGCAUGUCAACAUUUAUCUAAUAUGUGUGCUCUAAGUCUUUAUACCAAUGAUAUGGCAUGCAUGUUGUUUAUGCAAGGACAAAAAUUACAUAUAUGGUUAUUUUAUAAUAAAAAUGAAACUACAGCUCUAUUAAAUAGCAAACAAAUUACACAAGAGUACAGUUUAAUGAAGUAUAAUAAUGUAAAUAACAUUUUUAAAAUUGCUACAUUUUCUUUACAUGGUAAUUUAAAAUCUGUGGGUACACCUAAUAUUCCAUGUAAUUUAUUAGAAAAUGUUAGAUUUGGUAUUAAUUUUGAGAAAAAAUGUAAACUUGCAGUUAAAGAUCUAAUACAAGCAGAAGUAGAGUUUAUGUCUCCUUACUUAACAUUUAGAAAAAAUGACAAAAUUUUAACACAUGCAUUACCUAUACUCAUUAAGAACAUUAAUCAGAAUACUAAUGAAAUAUCAAAUUGGCAGUUAGUACGCAAAUUUUUUUUUGUUGACAACAUCAGUGGUUUUAAAAUAUCAAACUUCACAACUAGUAAAGCUCGAAAAGUAGAUGAAUUAUCUAUAUUACGUUAUAUAAAAACUCUGAAUAUUAUUAUCAAUAUUCAAAAUACGAAAGAUAAAGAUAAAAUAUUCCCACCUGUAUUGAUUGUUGAAUAUGCUGAAUUAACACAUGAACAGAUUAGUAAAAUUGCAGAAGUAACAUUACAUUAUAGAAUUAAAUUUACUAUAAAAGAUAAUAAUAUUAAUUCAAAUGUUAAGGUAAAAGUAAAAAUAAUAAAAAAGAAAGAAUAAUAUUUAUUUUUCACUUUUAAUAUAUUUGUACUAAUUUGGUUUUUUAUUUACAUUAUAAGUUCUAUAGGAAAUAUAAUUCUUCUAUGUGUGAUUAGUUUGUGCCUGUAUUUAUUUAUAUUUUAUGAGGGACAAACAAUACCAUACAUAUUGCUCCUUGAAGAUAUUAAUGAAAAAACCAUAAAAAUCUUUACUAUAAUAACAUUCUGCUUUAAAUUUAUAGAAGUACUUGGAUUUAUGUGUCAGUACUGGAAUAUUGAUAUAAUCUUUAUUGAUUGGGAACAACCAAAGAAAAUGUAUAAUCAAUCAAUACGUAAUAAAUAUGAUCCACUGUAUACGUCCAUAAACGAGUUACAUGUCGAUAAACUUUUAACAAAUAGAUACAAACAUUCUGAAACCUCAUCAGAAAUCAUAACAGCUAAACGCAAGAAAAUCUUAUAUAAAUUAAAAAAGUAUAAUAAUUCUGACUGCUUUGAUAAAUCUUCUGCACCUAGCAAAUAUAAAGCUAACAUUCCAACUGUUCAAUCAAUAUCAAAAAUUUCUUCCAAAAUAAUAAAUGAGAAUAGAGAUUUUACUAAUUCAUCUGUUAGUAUUUGGAGAACAUAUUUUAUUGCUAAUCAGUGGUUAAACCUUCAAACAAGAAGAAAGAUAAAUGUAACUGUACAAUUGCUUUGUGUUUUAUGUAUUUUUCAGAUCAUACAAAUAUAUCCUUGGAUUCUUAGAAUAUCAGAUGUACCAUCUAAAUUUUCUGAAGGCAACUAUAAUUUUACUUUGUACUAUACAGUGUGUAUUUUAAUAUAUAUGUCAAUAUAUUGCAUUCAAUGGUUGGUCUCUGUUUUAUUUUUUGAACCAUGUAUUACAAACAGAAUGCAAGAAUUUGUAAAUUUGUGUUCAAUUGCAAAUAUCAGUGUAUUUAUUUUACCAUUCAAUUAUUAUGGCUUCUAUAUUCAUGGAAGAUCAGUGCAUGGAUUUGCAGAUGUAAACUUACCUACCUUAAUUAAUGAUUUACAAAUGGAACAGAAUAAUUUAUGUGCACAUAAAGGUCUUGUACCAGGAACAACUCAACAAACUUUUAUACUACGUUUAACAAAAACUUUUAGAAUUAUUUUUGACACAGGUUCAGGACUGACAAAGAUAAAACGAAGUAAUUUCUUAAAAACAUAUUCUUCUUCUGUUAUAAAUGGGGAACAUAUUUUCAAUACUCAGUUGAAGUUAAAACAACUUUUAUGUAAAUUUGUGGAUCAUUGCAUCAAACAUGAAGAUUACAUUAUUAAAGAACAACAUUUCUUUGAAAAGCUGUUUAAUAUUAUAUUUUCCUCUAAUGAAGAGAAAUCUAUUUUUUAUAUAGAUAAUAAUUAUACCUUCAAUCAAGUAUUAUUAUAUGGAAAUGAAUGGUUAUUAGCAACAUUUGAAAUUUCAAUAUUUACUUUCAUCAUUGUAUUAUGUGAAGAUUGUAUAUUAGCUAUUACAUUGACAGCGUUAACGUCAAUGUUCUUAUCUAUAAUAGUGAAAUAUAAUUGCAAGAAAAAUUUAAGUAAUAAUAUUGUAUGUUUAUCAAAUAAUGACUGA